GGGUCACAGUAGAACAUGGGACGAGCAGGUGGAGGAGGAGCCCCAGGGGGAAGUGGGGUCCCCAGGGACCACCCCUCCCCCUCUGGGGCCCUGGGGGCUGAGCCCUUGUCUGAGAGCACAGAGCUCCUCAGGCAGCCCCCCAGGGCUCUGGCUGAUUUGCAUGCCCAGCAGCUCUCCCUGCAGCCAGGGGAUAAGACAGGCCUGGGAGGAGCCCUGCCCAGCCUGGGCCUCGGGGAGCAGAAUCGGGGCGCCUCCACCAUGGCCUGGAUCCCUCUCCUGCUCGGCCUCCUGGCUCACUGCACAGGAUCUGUGGCCUCCUAUGAGGUGACUCAGCCACCCUCAGUGUCAGUGAACCCGGGACAGAGGGCCAGCAUCACCUGUGAGGGGAACAACAUUGGGAGAAAAGACAUUCAGUGGUACCAGCAGAAGCCAGGCCAGGCCCCUGUGCUGUUCAUCUAUGAGGACACCAACCGGCCCUCAGGGAUCCCUGAGCGCUUCUCUGCCUCCAAGUCGGGGAACACCGCCACCCUGACCAUCAGCGGGGCCCAGGCUGAGGACGAGGCCGACUACUACUGUCAGUCAUACGAUGAUAGUUAUACUCCUCACAGUGACACAGGGGGACGUGGGACACAAACUCCCUGCCUGGCCUGGGGCUCCCUCCCCCCGCCUCAGAGCAGCUGCAGCUCAGCCCUGAGCUCAGGGGGCCUCUCUGGUCCUGGCCCGGCUCCUCCAGGCAUGGACCCUCCGUCCUCUCAGGACCUCGGUUUGCCCCGAGAAAGAAGGAGGAAGGAAGCUGCCCUGAGCUGCGGAGGCUGCUGUCAGGGUGCAGAGGGAAGGAGAGGGUCCGGGGUCAGGACGUGCCCCAGGCCCAGGAGGGGGCCUGAGUCCCAGGAGAGGGGGGCGCUGCCUGAGGGGGCGGGGCUCUGCGGGAGCACCUCUCCCCUGGGGGGACCUGCUGGGUGAGGCCCGGGGCUGGGG